AUGUCUCGAUGGAAAUUAUUCAGCUGGCCAUUUUGUGUGCUCAUUAUAGCCAUAAGCCUACCGCUCACCAAUGCCAUAUAUUGUCCCACAAAUUGUAAAUGUUCCUGGGUAUUGGAUAGCUUAGAGGUGAAUUGUGCCAAUCGUGGUCUCAUCGAUUAUCCCGAUUUUCAAAUGAUGCCAAUGCAACAUGUCGUCUUAUCGGGAAAUUAUUUUAUUGAUUUUCCCCGGCAAUUGGCCGAUUAUGAUUCGUUGAUUUAUUUGGACUUGUCAAAUAAUCAAAUUGAAUAUUUAGAAAAUGAUGCCUUAUUGGGAUUUGAUUCGUUAAGGACUUUGAUAUUGGCCAAUAACAGUAUACACAAAUGGUCCGACUUAAAUCCCAGUACUUCGUUUACACAUGCCAUUAAUUUGCAACAUUUGAUUCUCAGUGGUAAUCAAUUGUCCACCUUCAACUCUGAUAAUCCUGAGCACACCCUCGUUAGCGAGUCGUUGAUAACCUUGGAGCUGGAAAAUUGUGGCAUAACCAAAGCUGGUGGCGAUGUUUUAAUGCAGAACUUGCCAAAUUUACAAAGACUGAAUUUAAAUAGUAAUCCCCUAAAUGGCAUGGGCCAAAUGCCAUCUAAAUCUCUUCGGAUUUUGGAAAUGAAGAAUUGUAAUCUGCAGCGCAUACCACGAUCUCUACUCCAAGGAUUGCCGUCACUUGUUGCCCUCAGGCUACCAUGGAAUACCGCCUUACAAGUAGAUUCGACCAAUCGUUUGGAGGCUCCCAAUCUUGCCGAACUCGAUCUUUCCUAUUGCAGUAUCGAUGAAAUUGAUUUAUCUGCCCUGCCGAGUCUAACCCAAUUACAAUUGCGUGGUAAUAUGAUACGCUCCCUAACUAGUCGCACCUUUGAAAACAAUACUCUAUUGGAAGUGGUGAAUUUAUCGCGGAAUUCUUUACGUCUCCUCGAAGCUGAAACAUUUCAAAAGCUCAAGAAACUAACGUCACUGGAUUUGUCAUACAAUGAAAUUGCACGCCUCGAUCGGAACGUAUUCAAGGCCAAUGAUAAUCUGAUAACUUUGAAUUUGAAUCAUAAUGUUAUUGAGAAGUUCACCAAACUGGUAUCGAAUUCUCUGCGUGACAUUAAUCUGUCGUGGUGUGAAAUUAUUCUAAUCGAUGGUAAUGCUUUUUCCGGUUUGUCGAAUAUCAUCCGUUUGGAUUUAUCAAAUAAUUUAAUAAGUGAUUUUCCCACGGGUAUGGCAUCGAAUACUUUGCAGAAAUUGGAUUUAAGUUAUUGCAGAUUAUCCACUCUGCGUAAUACUACCUUCCAAAACUUUCCCGAAUUGGCUCAAUUGAAGUUGAAUGGAAAUCGUUUUACCAAUCCCUUUCCACGAUCGUAUUUCGAUUCAAAUAAAUACUUGGAUGAAAUCUAUGCUGGAGACAAUCCAUGGAUUUGUAAUUGUGAGGAGAGGACAUUUGUUGAUUUUCAUGAUUUCCUAACAUCAGUACCAACCAGGAUAAAAGAUCGUAACAGUUUGCGGUGUGCCUCACCACCAAGCAGUUAUGGCAAAACAUGGGCGGCUGCCUGUGAAAAGAGUUGGGUACCCGAUGAACAUACAAGUCGGGCGGAAAAGGUGUGGUCGACCAUUAUGUUAAGUAUACUGGCCAUUGGGGGUUUGAUUGGCCUAUUUACAUGCUUCCAAAAAUACAUGGCCUGGCGUAGAAAACAAGUUGAUCGUGAGGAGUAUCGUAGGAAUCAUGAGGAAAUGAGGGCCAUACGUGAACUAAAUCGCCGUAUAUUGGAUGAAGAUCCCCGGCCCAAUGUUGCAGCGGCAAGUAACCUUGAGGUUAAUCUCCUGCCAUCUUAUGAAGAUGCCAUACGUAUGCCCAAACCAGUGCGUCCUGUCAAAUCAAUGGUUGAUCUAACCUCAGAUGCACCGGGUCGGAGAAGUCGUUUCAAGAAAUCUCGCACAAAUCCUGAAGAGGAAAUAUCUGAAGUUGAACCAGAUAUUCAUCUUGACUAUCGUACACGUUUUCGUAGUGAAGAAAUGUUAUCGAAUCGUGAUAAAGAGCGUGUUCAACAAAUUGACCCAACGCGACGUACAGGACACAUUACCUACAAUCCAUCCGGUACACAUUUACCCGCCAUGUUGGAUUCACGUUUCCCCCCGGCCCAUAUGAAAUCACAAAAUCUACAAAGUGCUGAAAGAAUUGGCAAUUUCCAAAGUUAUGAGAAUAGUCCAUACACCAAGCGGAAGCCGAAAAUUGCCGAAAUACCACCAUUCAAGAGAGCAAAUCUACGAUCGGAUAGUGUUGAAUUCUUAACAGAUCCCGAGUAUGAUAUACCAAGUAAACCGAGUAGUCCAUUUGCACAACGUAAACCGAAAAAGACUAUGGCACCAGGGCCACCACUCACCCCUGCGGUGGAGGAUUAUUUUGGCGACUCACCCAAAGUGUUGAAAAAAGAUUCUCCAGAGGGUAGUGAUUUUCAUGUAAUCAUUGAACCAGAUAUUGUAUCACUGAAGGAUGGUAACACUUCUACAGAUUCAAAUGCCGAUCAAAAUUUAAUAAAUUCGAGAAGAAAGAAAUUAAAGAAUUCGUCAAGCCGAAGAGCAAGUGGUAAUUUUACAGCGGCUGCAGCUGCUGCUGCCGGUGAUACAUCCGAAGAUGAACCCAUAGUCGUUGUACAUCGACCAAUGCGAGAGACUUUAUUUUAG